AUGGCUUCACUUGCUUUACAUUUAUUAACUCUUUUACUUGGAACUCUAUUUAUUUUUUUGGGUCAUGUUAAAUUAACACCACAAUUUUUUCCUGAAUAUCAUUCAUAUAUGAAAAAUGAAUUUGGAAAAUUUAAUAAAGAGUUUCCAUUUCAUCGUCAAACGGGUUGGCGUCCAUAUGCAAGAAAUUUUCGUUUAACAAUUGGUGUAACUGAAGUUGCAUGUGGAUUUUUAUUACUUAUCGGUUUUUUACAAACAUUAUCAAAUAUUAUUUUAAUGGUGAUAAUGACAAUUGCAAUAAUUACAUUUCAAACAUUAAAUUAUCCCAUGGAAUAUAUGGGUGUAUUGAUUUGUAUAUCAUUUUUACUUUUAUUACGAUUUGUUUUAGCAUCAAGAUCAAAAGUUAAACAAGAAAUUAAAUCAAUUCAGACAAAAGUUGAAAACAAAGCGGAAUAA